AUGGUCGAACACCUCUACAUACCGCAGGUCAGCGAACUUCUCCUGAUUCGGAAGCAAUCGCAUUGCGUUCUAAUAGGGGAUCCCCAUGAUGCCAUCCACGGACACGUCGAUGUUCUGAACAGGCUCCUCACUGCCGGCGGUACGUCAUUGGUGGACUCCGAAGACUCUUGCGGUACUACCCCGCUGAUGGACGCAGUGAGAUUCGGUUCGAAAGAAUGCAGCUCGCUCCUGUUGAACUCGGGGGCAUCGCUCGAGAGAAGAGACAAGAUGGGACGGAACGUGCUCCAUAUUGCAGCGCAGAGCGGGUCAUCGAGCGAUAUUCUAGAUCUCCUGCUCGAUAAGAAUUGCUUGCAAGUCAACUGUCGGACCGCUAAUGGUCAGACUGCGCUUCAUCUUGCCGCGAGGGAAAAUCAGGUGGGCUGCUUGGAACACCUCUUGUCGAUAGGAGCUGAUCCCGCCUUAAGAGACGACACGGGUGCGACAGGUACCAAAUUCAGGAUCCUGCGACUACUUUGGAAAGUAUUGUCCGUACAGAGCACAGAUUCUGACAUUUUCCCCCUCGUCGCAGCCGGAGACGUCGCAAUGAAGUUCAACAAUCGCACGCUCUGCGACAUACUGCGUACGUGA